CUUCAGCCGCUGAGCUCGGAGAAUGCGCCUGCACGCGGAGCAUGCGCACUGCUUGACAUUUUCAAGUUGCUUCUCCGGGGUGUUCGAACAGGAAGGCGGACAUGUUGGUCGAGCUGUGGGAGAAAUUCGGGCACCGUCUGCUGUUUUUUUUUUCUCUUCUGCGAAAAAAAUCAGAACCCGACCUGUGAGUCUUCGAUCUGAGGGACAGAGCAGCUCGGAAGGGAACCGGUCGACAGCCGGUGACAGUGCCCGGGAAGCAGCAGGGGGACAGCCGUCAAAACGCCGUUACGAGUCCUCGGUUAAACUGAUCGAAAUUUGGAAGAAGCAGAAGUUUUUUCCCCCGCAGCACUUCUACUUUUGAGCUGUCAGAUUCGUCCGUGUGCAGGGGCCUGGCUCCGGGAUGGGAACCGGCCCGGACUGACACAGACCCCGCUCCUCAGGGGGACUAACUUUUUAACUGGCUUUUGUUUGGAUGCACCAACAUUUUAAGCUCUUCUCCUCGGUGGCAUCCUGCGGAGGCUGACUAAUCUGUCGCCGCGUUUAUCGUUUUGCUUCUGAAGUUGUUUUGUCACUCAUACCGGGGGGGAGGUGGAGGAAAAACCCUCUUUCGACGCCCGACAUGUGGCUUUUGUAUAUUCAGCGCAACCUCAAGCGUUUCAUCGUGUGUGGAAGCUCCGGGAGAACAAUGUAUUUUCUGUGAAGCGGCGGAGUGAAGUUCACGCGAAGAAAGGAACAUUUGGCUAGCUAGCUACCGCUGGCUGCUAAAGCUAGCUAGCCAGCCCUCUGCCUCGCCACCGAGCUGUUUUUGUUCGUAAGCCCCCCAAAACACCGGGACUCAAUAUGACAGCGAAAAUGUCUGCCGGGGAAAGUAUGGAGGCUCGAUUCGAAAAAAUCGAUGCCAUGUUGAAGGACCCCAAGUCGGAAAUAAACACGGAUUGUCUUCUGGACGGCUUGGAUGCACUGGUGUAUGACCUUGACUUUCCUGCCCUGAGGAAAAACAAGAGUAUUGACAACUUCUUGAAUAGAUAUAAGGAAACUAUUAGUAAAAUCCGUGAUCUACGCAUGAAAGCUGAAGACUAUGAGGUGGUUAAAGUUAUUGGGAGGGGUGCGUUUGGAGAGGUGCAAUUGGUAAGACACAAAGCCACAUGCAAAGUAUACGCCAUGAAGCUGCUGAGCAAGUUUGAGAUGAUAAAGAGAUCGGAUUCUGCUUUCUUCUGGGAGGAGAGGGACAUCAUGGCUUUUGCCAACAGCGGAUGGGUGGUGCAGCUCUUUUUUGCUUUCCAAGAUGACCGCUACCUCUACAUGGUAAUGGAGUACAUGCCUGGUGGCGAUUUGGUUAACUUGAUGAGCAACUAUGACGUCCCCGAGAAGUGGGCCCGCUUUUACACAGCUGAGGUGGUGCUAGCUCUAGAUGGGAUCCACUCAAUGGGCUUUAUUCACAGGGACGUGAAGCCUGAUAACAUGUUGCUCGACAAAGCAGGCCACUUGAAACUGGCGGACUUCGGGACCUGCAUGAAAAUGAACAAGGAUGGUAUGGUACGAUGUGACACAGCAGUGGGAACUCCAGACUACAUUUCACCCGAGGUACUGAAAUCCCAAGGAGGAGAUGGAUAUUACGGCAGAGAGUGUGACUGGUGGUCGGUGGGAGUGUUCCUGUACGAAAUGCUAGUUGGCGACACGCCAUUCUAUGCAGACUCACUGGUCGGGACCUACAGCAAAAUUAUGAACCACAAGAAUGCCCUGACCUUCCCUGAAGACAGCGACAUCUCCAACGAUGCCAAGAAUCUCAUCUGUGCUUUCCUGACUGACAGGGAAGUCCGACUUGGCCGUAACGGUGUAGAUGAGAUCAAGAGGCAUCCUUUCUUCAAGAAUGACCAAUGGACAUGGGAGAAUAUCAGAGAGACGGCUGCUCCAGUAGUGCCUGAACUGAGCAGUGACGUUGACACAAGUAACUUUGACGACAUUGAGGAGGACAGAGGAGAGGAGGAGACCUUUCCCAUACCAAAGGCCUUUGUAGGCAACCAGCUCCCCUUUGUAGGCUUCACCUACUACAGCAAUCAGCACCUUUUGCGCGGCACCGCCACAAAGACCAGUGAUAAACGUAGCAGCUCCACAAAGGAAGACAAGAGUCAUCUGGAAAACCUGCAGAAACGAAUCUACCAUCUGGAGGAGCAGCUCCACAGUGAGAUGCAGCUGAAAGACGAGUUGGAGCAGAAGUGCAGGACAUCAAACACCAAGAUCGACAAAAUCAUGAAAGAACUGGAUGAAGAGGCAAACCUGAGGAAGAGUUCAGAGGCCAGCAUUUCUCUGCUGGAGAAGGACAAGAUCAUGCUGCAGCACAGAUUCACAGAGUACCAAAGAAAAGCUGACCAGGAGGCAGAGAAAAGACGCAAUUUGGAGAAUGAGGUGUCAACUUUGAAGGAGCAGCUUGAAGAUAUGAGGAAGAUCAGCCAGAACUCGCAGGCCUCAAAUGACAAGAUCACCCAGUUGCAGAAUCAGCUGGAGGAGGCCAACGACCUGCUGCGUGCAGAGUCGGACACGGCGGCGAGGCUGAGGAAAAGCCACACAGAGAUGGCGAAGUCGAUGAGCCAGCUGGAGAGUUUGAAUCGUGAGCUGCAGGAGAGGAGCCAUGCAGCAGACGGAGAAAAGGCACAGCUGGAGAAAGAGCUGCUGCUUCUUCAGAGCACGCUGGACUCAGAGAGGAGGAACUACAGCCAGGGGUCUGAGGAGAUCAGGGAGCUGCAAGCGAGGAUGGCAGGACUGCAAGAGGACAACAAAAACUUGAAGCUCAGCCUCUCGAAGGUGGAGGCAGAACGUAAACAGUCCCAGGAGAGGAGCAAUAACCUGGAGAAGGAAAAGAACAACCUGGAGAUCGACCUGAACUAUAAACUCAAGACCUUGCAGCAGCGUCUUGAGCAGGAACAGACUGAACACAGGGUGACGCGAGCACAGCUCACUGACAAAUAUGAGUCUAUCGAAGAAGCCAAAUCAGCUGCCAUGAAUGUUGUUCAGGUGAAGAUGUCUGAGGAGAAUGGAGCGAGAAUGAGAGCUGAGAGCCGGGUAGUGGAGGUGGAGAAGCAGUGCUCAAUGCUUGAGUUUGACCUAAAGCAGUCUGUGCAGAAGAUGGAGCAGCUGAUGAAGCAAAAGGAAAGGCUGGAAGAUGACGUGAAGAAUCUGCGGAUACAGUUAGAGCAGGAGUCGAGCAAACGUGUCCUAGCUCAGAACGACUUGAAGGGCCGCACGCAGGAGGUGGACCGCCUCAGGUGUUCAGAGAAGCAGCUCAAACAGGAGAUCAACACAGCACUAGAGAGUAAACGCUCGCUGGAGUUCCAGCUUGCACAGCUGACCAAACAAUACAGAGGCAACGAAGGACAGAUGAGGGAACUCCAGGAUCAGCUUGAGGCCGAACAGUAUUUUUCUACGCUUUACAAAACUCAGGUCAAGGAACUAAAAGAGGAGAUUGAAGAAAGGAACCGGCAGGUACAAGACGCUCACAAAAAGGUGCAGGAGUUGUGUGGUGAAAGGGACUCCCUGUCUGCCCAGCUGGAUCUGACAGUGACCAAGGCCGAGUCAGAGCAGCUGGCCCGGGCUCUUCAGGAGGAACAGUACUUUGAGCUCAGCCAGGAGAACAAGAAGGCAGUGACCAGACAUAAACAGGAGAUUGGGGAAAAGGAGGGAACCAUUGCACGGCUUGAGGAAUCCAAUAAAACUCUGACCAAAGAUGUGGAGCACCUCAGCAAAGAGAAGACUGAAUUGAAUGACAAGCUUACUAAUCAGAAAGAUGAGUAUGAAGCCCAGAAGGAGGAGAUUGCAAAUACAAUCAAGGCCAACUAUGAGAAGGUCCUCAACACAGAGCGAACACUGAAGACUCAGGCGGUAAACAAGCUAGCAGAGAUCAUGAAUCGCAAGGACAUGAAGAUUGACCAGAAGAAAAAGGGCAGUACUGCCGACCUGCGGAAAAAGGAGAAGGAGAAUCGCAAACUUCAGCUGGAGCUUAACCAGGAGAAGGAGAAGUUCAACCACAUGGCCAUCAAGUAUCAGAAGGAGUUGAGCGAGAUGCAGGCGCAACUUGCAGAAGAAUGUACAUAUCGCAACGAGCUGCAGAUGCAGUUGGACAGCAAGGAGAGCGAUAUCGAGCAGCUUAGGGAGAAACUGAACGACCUGCAACAGCGUAUGGAUAAUUCAAGUGUCACCAGUUUGCAGACAGAUGAGACCGACAGCAACCUCGCUGAAUCCAGAUUGGAGGGUUGGCUGUCAAUUCCUAAUCGUGCUAAUAUCAAAAGAUACGGAUGGAAGAAACAGUAUGUGGUGGUGAGCAGUAAGAAGAUUCUGUUCUACAACGACGAGCAGGAUAAGGAACAGUCCAACCCUUCAAUGGUACUAGAUAUAGAUAAACUAUUUCAUGUGAGACCAGUCACUCAAGGAGACGUGUACCGGGCUGAGACAGAGGAGAUCCCAAGGAUAUUCCAGAUUCUGUAUGCCAACGAGGGGGAAUGCAGGAAGGAGGCUGACAUGGAGACGGUCCCUCAGGGCGACAAGACCAACUGUUUCCCACACAAAGGUCACGAGUUCAUCCCUACGCUAUAUCACUUCCCUUCAAACUGUGAGGCCUGCGCCAAGCCUCUGUGGCACGUCUUCAAGCCGCCUGCAGCCCUGGAGUGUCGCCGCUGCCACGUCAAGUGCCACAAGGACCAUCUCGACAAAAAGGAGGACGUUAUUGCUCCUUGCAAAGUAAACUACGAUGUGACCUCUGCCCGGGACAUGCUUCUGCUCGCUCUGACACAAGACGAGCAGAAGAAAUGGAUUGGUCACCUGGGAAAGAAGAUUCCCAAGACCCCGCCAUCUACUUUUUCAAGAGCCUCUCCUCGUUCCAUGUCCACUCGCUCUGGACCAAACCAGUCCUUCCGCAGAAACCCUAAAAGCAAUACAGGAAAGCUGAGCAGAGCGCAGUCCAGCCUCCAAGCAGCAGACACAACAUCCAGCACUUGUUGACAGGAACUUCUUCAGAAACUAACCAUCUGAACCGUUCCUCAUCCUCAAAAACGGAGAAACCUGUAUUACUUAGAAAAUUCAUUGAAAAGAAAAAAAUAUAUCAAUAAAAAAUAAAACAGCGCUGGAGAAUUGCAACAUAUGUCAGAAACCAGGCAUCAUGGACAAACAGAGGCCUUUCUUCAAGAGAAAAACCAUCAUUCAACUCAGCAAACUUGCAGCUCUCCAUUUCUACCAGAAGAUGGCACACUUGUGUGGAACUAAACAUGGACGGUGCAGCGAUAUAGACGGACUCAUGUCAUUGGAGCCAUUCUGUGUUUCAUAUCAUAUGACAGUUCUGAGGGAAACAAGAAGGUAAACUGGGGGUUUUGCUGGGACUCCUGUGAGUGUGUGUUUGGUUUAAGGUACUGUCAUACAGGGAUUUCAGAUCUGCAGUGAGUGGUUGUGUCUCGGGUGGAAAAUAAAUAUUUUGUCAUUUCUUUCCCCACCUGACGGAUACUCGAGCUACAUGCAAGCAUACAUAUGUUUCCAGCUUCAAGAAAAAAAAGAAAAAAAGAAAAAUGACCGAUGCCUUCAUCUAACGUCUCUGGCCUUUUUGCCUUUAUUCUUAUCACUCUGCGAGUCACUUAUCAGGUUUGGGAGGGAGUAUUGGGACACAAGUAUUAGAUGUUUUGAGUAUUGAGUGAGGAGCAUGCAAGAUCAUCAUUUAAAUCUAUGCAUUAUUUUUAUUAUAAUUAUUUUUAUUGCUCCAAGCCAUAAGGAAUAUUCCAUUGUAAUGGCAUAUAGGAGUCCUGAAACUUAAUUGAUUUUUUUUUUUGUUUAUUUGGUACAUUGUAAUAUUUUUUUUCUUGUUUUUUUUUUUUUUGUAAUGUAUUGCCUUACAUUGAUUCAUAGAUAAAUGGUUCAAAAGGAAAACAUUAAGUUAACAAAUGUAAAACUGCACUGUUUGAAUUGUAAAUUAUUUGUAGAAGACUAAACAGGUGUAGCAUUUGGCCCACCUAGUGCCUUAACGUUUGGAUAUUGAUUUUACUGCCAUAUCUGUUUGUUUGUUCUUUUUUUUCUCUCCAAAAACAAGACAAAUCUUAACUCUUCCAUCAUCUGUUUUUUUAAGAAAUCGCCACACAUUUGUGGUUUUAUCAGAAUUCACUUUCUCUGGUUUAAGUAUAUGAAAGAUAUAUAUUAGAUUACCUCUUUAUGGACACACUGCAGUAGAGUUAGUGUGUCAAAACGAAGUCCCCCUGACUCGGUUCGUAUCGUGACAAUUUUUGGGAUGUGUACUCAAAGCGAUUCCACCUGUGUCAUUGAUUGUCCUUGUUACAAUUACAAGUUGUGUCUCUUACACGGUAAUGUCCCGUUAAUGCAGACCCCCACAGUGUAUAUAAUAAGAGAGACAUGAGGAUUAUGGAAUACCUCCGCAAUCUUUUCAUUUGUAACGUUUUGUUCAGUUAAAAAAAAAAAAAGCACUGGAACUAUGAUCUACUCUUGUCUUGGAUAAUUUGCAUGGUUAAUUGCAUUGGAGUCCGCACUGAUGGAUAUGUCAAUAAACAUAUCUGUAUCAUU